AUGUCGCUUUCAAGAUGGUUCAAGAAACCCUCAUUUACGCAGGGUGCCCCUGAUAUACCAGAAAACCCAGGGCCCGCUCCAGCAGAAUCUUCGCCACUCAGCACACCGCGCUCGUCCUUUGUGUUUGAUGAUUUAUUACCUGCAUCUGAACAAGAGGCCGACGCCCAGCUCAAAGCAGCACUGCAGCUAUCGACCCAGGAAAGUGCCUCGAAGCCGUCUUUCACCGAAAGUUUCCAAAGUAUCGAUUCGGAAGGCAUCAGCGCAUCUCAGCGCAUCAUCAAGAAUGGCAAACAGACCGUCAUCAGCUCCGAUGGCGAAGACACUGAUUCGGACAGCUCCUUAGAUGGUCCGGGGACUUUGUUUGCUCGGAUAUCGAAAGAUAAGGGUACUUCCUCUCCUGCUCGGCUCAAACCAGUCACAUCGCCCAAGAAAUGGAAGCACAACCUCGACUCACUUGUCCACGACGCAGUGGAUGAUAAUGAGGUCGAAGCAGCCGUUAAGAAAUACAAAAGUAACCUCACUCAGAAGCCAUCGAAGGGGCCUGCGCCCCUUGGGAACAGGCUGAAUGAGAGCUUGCUGGUCACAGCGCUUGGCCAGAAGGAAGAUGGACCUGAACCUAGCCGUGUGCUGGGUGCUAUCAGGAGAACCAACGCUCUGGAUUAUGAUCGAAAUUGGCUUUUCUUUGAUGAUGCACGAAAGCGAAUUCCACCUCCUCAAUUCCCACAACAUAUCUGUGCACCUGGAGCUAAGAUGGAAAUACUGAGCGACCGCGGAGCCCGUGAACGUCUAUUCAUGUCCGGUGAAUUCAUUUCAAUAGCCCUGUCAAAGGGAAUAUUGUCGGAUGAUGUUGUGCCGUGGAUGUUCCAUUCCAUCCCUCAUGAACAACGAGAUGAGUUGAGUUCAGCAUAUUGUCGGAUUAUGAAGUCCAUAGACUCACAGCGCAUGAAAUCGCUGAUUGGCCGAGCUGACGUUGAUGAACUAUUUGAACGACUGGGAGCCAGAAAGGAAGCCCUGGACCCGUCACACAAAAUAGCUCCCAUGAGCCAUCAUGAGAUUACUGCGGUUCCAAAGUCGAGGGACCAUGUUCCGUUUAUUUCCGUUCUCAAAAUGUUGCGAGAGAUCACAUACUCGUGGGUCAACUACUCCUCCGCAUGCUACCCCAACACUAACUUGAAUUGCAGCCUGGCGGAGGACACCAGGGAGCACGUCAUAUUCCUUCUACUGCGGUUGGCAGUUGAUAGUUCCUUGACAGCCGACCCCACAGUAUCCUCUGAGCUCCAAUGGACCCUUGAUUCUGUCUUCGACCCCAAUGGCGCCACGGAAACUGAUCAUAAAGCCAUGUUACACCGAGUCUGCUCUGCGUUCUUCGAAACAGUUGAUGACGUCUGCAUCCAAAGUCGGGUUACCGGGCAUAUUUUACCCUCAUCUCCUUGGCUUGCACAGCUGCGUUGCCGACUGGCUUUCUCGUUUUUACUGGAGAGCUCAAAACCCCUGGACGAACCAACUGAAACAUUGCUUGAUCUGAACCGCAUCACAGAAUUAUUGGCCAACAACAGGCGCUUCCAGGUGAAACGUUUCCAAGGGAAAGCUGAUUACGACUGGAGAGAGCUUAUUGCCCUCACCUCUCUUCUCAGCGUUGCGAUCGAUGCUUCAGUAUUGGAAAUCAAUUACAGAGAGACUCGCACCGAGGAAGAUUUCAAUGCCGAGAUCGACAAGUUAGCAAGUCAGCUGAAGACGAUUUAUUGCUCUAUCCAGGUUUCUGGCGCUUCCCAUAUGACCCUGACGCUGGCGAAAGGUGACUUGGAGGCUUUGCACUAUCGGAUCCUCUACUCGACUCGGUCCAAACCACCUGGGAAAAAGACACUGUUUGAGUCACACGCCAAUGACAAUAUGGACAUCCGGAGUAUGUUGAGUAAGUAUACUGCGAGGGCUGAUGGAGACACGGGUCUGCCCAUUCGUUAG